GACACCUUUAUCCAAGGCGACUUACAGAGACUAGGGUGUGUGAACUAUGCAUCAGCUGCAGAGUCACUUACAAUUACGUCUCACCCAAAAGACGGAGCACAAGGAGGUUAAGUGAAUUUCUCAGGGUCACACAAUGAGUCAGUGGUUGAGGUGGGAUUUGAACUGGGGAUCUUCUGGUUAUAAGCCCUUUUCUUUAACCACUGGACCACACAGCCUCCUAUGUAGUAAUAAAUCCAGGGAAAGGGUAAUAAAUAUAGACUUUAACUGAAGGGUCGCUUCAGCUUUUAAGUCCCACCUCUCUGUGACCAUUGGACAAGGGUCAAGUACUGACUAGCAGUGUCUGUUGCUCAUUGAUGCAAAAGGUACAUAAUGAGGGCAAUAGAGGGAGAAGUCAACCAGUCGUUCUUUAGGGUAGUUACUGUAUGCCAGUUGAGUUACCUCAAAUCUAUACUUUGUUGGGAGAAUAUAUAUUGUAUUUGUUUAUAUAUUGUUUAUUUUAUACUUAUACUUGGGGAUAUGUUAUAUAUUUUAAAAUAUUCAUCAUUUAAUGUAUUUAUUACCUGAUCUAAUAGUAUAGCCUAGUAUUUUUUCUUCUUUCUUGCAUGUGUGUUAUUUAUUUAUUGAGUGUGUAUGCAGAUUGUGUAACUCUUUUCCAAUAGUCAAAGAAUAUGUUAGAAAUAGAUAAAAGGAAAGAUAGCAUUUUAGCUUCCCUACAGGUUAUGGGACAUGGUCCAAGAAAAAGGAAUUUUCAAAGAAAAACUUCUCUUCCUUUUAGAGCAAAUUCAUCUGCUUUUACUGGAUUGGUUUCGAGUACACGUUUUAAUUCAGAUCAUCUUUCUAGUGGGUUAUUGAAUACACAUCUAGACAGCUCACAGCGUGCAGAGACAAACUGUCGUACUCCGAGAAGCAAACUAGCGCACCUGACAAAAAAGUGUGGAAAACUCGAUUAUAUAAAAGAGUUCAAUCAAACUCAAAUAAACAACAUUGUACUUGUUUCUACUGGGCAUUCGAGACCCAGCAUUAAGCCCAAGUUCUUAUUCAGGUUUCAGAAAGUUGCUAAAUGUGUGGCCAUGCUUUGCCUGCUGUACAGGGAUCAUCAUCUUUUCGCUACAAAUAGUUAUGGAGUUCUGAGAGUCAGAAGAUGGAGGGCAGAGGAGAAAAAGAACCCGGGGACAGACCAAGAAAUUCUUUUUGAUUUGACAUCUUUUCGAGCCAAAACCAAAAUCCAGCUCAGGGUUUCAGAGACUGUCAAGUGGAUUCUUAGCCGCCCACCUCAGGACCGUUCUGAACAGGAUGUUCAUUUCAUUCUCACUGCCCUGCAAGAAAUCAGGGGCUUUGGCAAUUACUCUGGCACCCGACAGAAGAAGGUUGCAAAGGCAGCUUGGUAUGCAAGCUAUGAAGCCCAGCAAGUGAUGGUUCAGCAAGGACACAUUCCUCAUUCCUUCUACAUUUGCCUAUCUGGAUCAGCUAUUGUGAUCAAAAAGAACAACGAAACAGGCCAGGUAAAGCCAGCAUGGUUUCUAAGCAAAGGAGAUGCAUUUGGGGAUAAAGAAAUUCUAAAUAGUGACCGGUGGCCUUCCUCUGUCAUCAUCCAGGAACCAGCAGAGUUUCUCUGUCUGGACAGAGAGGAUUUUGCACAUAUUUUUCUACCUGGAGGAAGAAAGAAGCAAGGUGAUCCAGAGCAAAUUAUGUUUCUCAGUGAACUCAAGUUUUUAAAAGGCUGGCCCCUUCAACUCUUGGAGGACAAUCCAGGGAAAUGUAUUGUAAAACACUUCAGCUGUGCUUUUCCCUGCAGAAGAGGCGCUGUCAUUUUACAGACCAGUAGCAUAAAUGAUUGGAUCUACAUUGUCAGAUCUGGUAGCUGCUCAGUAAUGAAAGUUUUUAAAAUGGAUCACGGUGUUGAAGCCAUCUUUCCAGCCAAGAGAAAAAAACAAUCCAGUAUUUUCCAGGCUGCUUCUACCUUAGUACAUCCCGGGACUCCCACGGAAGGUCAUGAACACGAGAAGAUCAUCCUGGACAAACACCCUACAAAGACACAGCAAAAGAAGAGGACCGUGAGGCACGAUGAAGGAAAGGAGAACGCUCCCUCUGUGUCUCACAGAACAGGACUGGUUGACUUUAAUCCACAACGCACAGUGAAUGGAUCCAGUAGCCCAGAGAACCAAGUCUGGGGAGUGACAGAGGACAGCGAAUGUGGACUGAGAGAAAGACACCCAAACACAAUAGUGCUGGAGACCAAGAUGGAUGAUAAAUCUAGCAAGGUCAAUAAAUUACCCUCUCCUAUGAAGUCUGCCUACCUCAGGGCAAGGCUGGUCGUUCCUUCACCGGUUUCAGAAAAACUAGAGGCUGAGAAGGAUAAAACAGAUGAAAUGAAUCUAUCCAAAACCACAAUAACGAAGCCUGCAUUCAUAAUGAUAGACACACUGGUAAAAGGAUCAGUCUUUGGACUAUCUGACUUUUUGUUCAGUGACCAGCCAAGUUGCUAUAUAAUUAGCAAUGGGGCAGAGUGCCUGCAAAUCUCUAAGAAGUUUUACCUGGACAAUGCAUCCCAGGAUGUUCUUGACAAGCUCAGGCAGCAGCAACAUCCUUAUCCUGGUGAAAAGGAGCUCUUGGAGCGACUCCAGAAAGAGAUGCAGUGGCAGACUUUCCGUAAACUAGCCAUCUGCAGCACACUCCAGAGGAUCGAGCGAAAACAAAACCAGAGACAGCAUGGACUUCCACCAGACCGCAGUAAAAACUGAAUCUUUCUAAUAAAUACCACACGUGGUAUGUCAUGGUAAAAAACUAUAGCCAUGCACAGUAAAGCAUUUCAAAGAACAGUAAUUGCAUAGCACAAGACUGAUGUCACUUUUCUUUGUUACGGAAUGUAACGUUAUCAGACAAAUGUCAUGAAUGAUAUGAAUUGGAUGCUGAAGUUAGUAAACCCUUGUAUGAAAGUGCUGCUCUUUUUCAGUUUUAAUUGUUCCCCUGCUGAUAUGUAAUGUCAAAAUACAUACAUAAAUUAUUUCUUUAACAUUCCAGUUAUAACAAGUUAUAGCAAAUAAAACCUUUCUGUGACCCAUUCAAACAAAGAAAAUAUUAUGUGAAACUAUGUAAAAUCAUACUGUUUUCUGCUUUGUAACUGUAUAAUUCAACUGAUCACUCUCUCUCCUAAACCAUAAUUGAAGGGGGGGGGGGGGGGGCACACACACUUAUACCCCUUCUCCACUGGCACAUCCAACCCAUGAGGGCUCGGUACAGUACGGGUACUUCUCCACUGGCUGCUUAUUGAGCCGAGCGAGAACCAAACCGUGGAACUUCAGCCUCACAAAACAUCUGAAUCCGGCUGUGAGCUGAGCCGAGCCAGGGUUAAGGAUUUUCAUCAUUACGUUGCGUCCGUCAGUACACUCCACAAAGCCUUGGGAUGCUGAGGAAGUGCAGACACUAGUUUCUCCGUGGGCAAAAAGAAGUGUUCAGAAAGAUUUGGAGUCGUGCGUCAGAAAUGAGAAUGUUUAUGCCCGAAUUUCUGACGAUUUGAAGCAAAUGGACAUAAACCGCGGGUACGGUACACUUAACUCACACACCCAAAAACACAAAAUUCUACCAAAUUUCUCAUCUUUGAAUUACUAUAUUUUUAUAAACAAAAAAAUGCAGGAAAAUAAAACAAUUCUAAACGUAUUUACAAAAAUACAGUAAAACAAAAUACAGCUGUACCAUACAUAUAAAAUACAGCUCUACCAUACAUACAACUACGGCUCUCAUUACAUUCGCGCAGCUUCUUUUUUAUUUUAUUUAUUUCUUUUAAGCAUCCAAACAAUAACCAACUCUAGAAAAAAAUACAACUAUCCUUAAAACGGGAUAUCUUUGGCAAAUAGUAUUUUUAAAAUCUUUUUUCCACCUUCAACAGAACUAAUUGAACUUUAUUAAAUCCAUAUGAUCAGUAACAUUGUGGAUGAUAAAGAAAUUCUUCAAUAUAUUUACAAAAUACAGCGAUACAAGAUACAGCUGUAGCGUUGGUCUAUUAAUUUUUGAACACCAUUUGUUUGCGCACCUUUUGGCAAUAAUAACAACUCUGUGACGUCAGCAGCACGGCUCGGCUCUGCAGUG